AAACUUUAGACUUAUUUUCAUUUUGAAUUUUUUAUAAAUUUUCUUUAUUAAGAAGCGUUUGAAUUUAUACGUUAUAUGCCUUUGAAGUUAAUUUACAGUUUAAAAACUACUUAGUAUUUAACGAAAAUAAUGAAUACCAUUUAAAUAUUCAAUCAUUACAAUUUAAUAACCAAUAUCUGUUGGAUGUACUUAUGACUUGGCAGGUAUUAUGCCCCAGGUUAACUCACUUCUAUUUUGUAACUUAGGCGGUAAGCACAAACCCUCAAACUCUGAAAUAAACCAAGCCUCUAAAACUCGACUUGUGUCAAUCUCUUAUUUUUGCUUUUAUUCCCAUUGGCACAAAACCACAACUAUUGAGAUCCUACAUGAGGACAGGCAAUUGGUUUCUACAUUUGUUUCUGGAAUUCUGCACAACAAAUCUCAUACAGUCCACGUUUUACUCUUGGGUGAAGUCUGAAGUCUCAAAUCCUCUCAUCUCAGUUUCAGCAGCUUUGGUCAUCACCCUACUCCGCUACUAUUCCCUUCGCCCACAAACAUGGUCCAUUCGAGAAGAGAAAGCUCAACUCAGCGUAAUUCUCAAAGAAAUAAUAGACAAAGCAGGAGGUCGCCAUCCAUGAAUGGGCGUCGUCAGCCAAACAUAUACAAAUGCAAGUUAUGUGAUCGUUUUCAUGCUUUGAAGGUUUGUCCACGAUUCUUAGAUAUGACUCCAAGGCAACGUAACAUUGUCGUAUUAAAAGAGAUGUACUGUGUCAACUGCCUUGCGAGAAGCCAUCGUUUCCGAGACUGUCGGUCCGCAAACAUGUGUCAACGCUGCCAAAGACCACAUCACACACUCCUGCAUUCGAUGUACCCGGAAAUAAUGUCACGACAAAGCGAGCAAAAUGUCAACCAAACUAAUAGCAGAACGGCCAACAGACCAACCAAAACCCAAACCAAAUGGGUUAAAAACCAACGUUCCAAUCACACGCCAGGAUCAAACCAACAAAUUCUAUCCGAGGCAAUUCGUGCUUUAGCCUCCGUCUUAUGUUCAUCUUCCGGCCCGGCGGCAUGUCUAAAGUAAACUUUAGACUUAUUUUCAUUUUGAAUUUUUUAUAAAUUUUCUUUAUUAAGAAGCGUUUGAAUUUAUACGUUAUAUGCCUUUGAAGUUAAUUUACAGUUUAAAAACUACUUAGUAUUUAACGAAAAUAAUGAAUACCAUUUAAAUAUUCAAUCAUUACAAUUUAAUAACCAAUAUCUGUUGGAUGUACUUAUGACUUGGCAGGUAUUAUGCCCCAGGUUAACUCACUUCUAUUUUGUAACUUAGGCGGUAAGCACAAACCCUCAAACUCUGAAAUAAACCAAGCCUCUAAAACUCGA